UGUGGCUGAACGGUUUUGUAGUUUCACUUUCUUUUUCGCCUACAUCUCCCAUCGUCUCCCGAAAAUCACUCGGUUCCUUUUAUUUUCGUAAAUGUGUCGUAAUGCUUUAAGAAACUGCACAUUUACCUGCUUCACGCGCUCGUGAUCACCUGGGAUUAUCAGUAUAUUCAGCCCUGGACGCGUGUGUUCGUGUGUGUAGGCUAUGCAACUGAACCAGAAACAGCUUCAACUUUGCUUUGCAUUGAAAUCAAAAGCAAAUCCAGUAAAUCCAGUCCAUCAGAAGCAUUUAGCUGGAGUGCAGGGAUGGUAAGGAAACUCGAGCUGCAGAUAUAGCGUGAUUUAUAUUGGGAUUGUGUUGGAGUGGGAUCAUCAUGGAGCUCCAGGCGGCAUCAGCGGGCGCUCAGCAGCAGCUGGCCGGUGACAGGACGCACGAGUCCCGCAUGGACGAGUACCUGCGCUCGCUGGGCUUUUACCGCAAAAAGAUCGCCAAGGACGGGUCAUGUCUGUUCAGGGCCGUGGCAGAACAGGUGUUGCACUGCCAGGGUUUACACACUAAAGUACGUGCGGCCUGUGUGAAUUAUCUGAAACAGAACAGAUCUAACUAUGAGCUGUUUAUCGAAGGCGAUUUUGAGAAAUACCUGGAGAAUUUACGAGAUCCUCAGAGCUGGGUUGGACAGGUGGAGAUCACCGUUCUGGCUGAGCUCUAUAAGCAUGAUUUCAUUAUUUUCCAGGUGCCUGAUCAACCCCCUGUUAACAUCACAGAGAACGGCUUCCCUGAUAAGGUGCGACUGUGCUUCCUCAAUGGAAACCAUUAUGACAGUGUUUACCCCCAAUCUUUUGAGAAAAGUGCUGCUGUUUGUCAGUCGAUCCUGUACGAGCUGCUGUAUGAGCGCGUGUGUGGCGUCGACCGCAGCGUUUUAGGGUCGUGUGUGAAAGGAGGACGAGGACGAGAAAAACUCGACUCGGAAGAAUGCAAGAGCAGUGAAGAGUCUGACCUGGAGGAAGACGAGUUCUGGUCCAGUGAAAGCGGAGAAAAGACGGCCAGUGUGACGAACGCCAGACCGCCGAGGGGUCGUGGGAGGGGCCAGCCUCGAGGAAGGGGGCGUGGCUUUCUGUCCGCUAAGGCGCAGAAGUCCCUAAACCCCGCCCUCUACAGGAACGUGGAGUAUGAUGUGUGGCUCCGCUCUAAACGAAUUCAACAGCAGCGAGAUUUCUGCAUUGCCGCAGGAAUGCAAUACGCUAUUGGAGACAAGUGCAAGGUGCAGCUGAGUGGCAGUAAUCGCUUCUAUAACGCUUACGUUAAGGAAGUCAGUCCUGACAAUGGGCCAGUCACGGUGUUUAUUGAGGAACUCAACAGGCCAGAAACUGUGCCGUUGUUGAGUUUGCGUCUUCCGCCUGAAGAGCCUCAGUUGUGGCAGACGGUGUCAGACAAGAGCAAAAGACACAGCGUACCGAACAACGGCGCGCAGACGCCCUCCGAAUGGGAGACCAGAGGAGGUCGGAGGUCAAACAAAGCCCCGCUUCAGUCAGCGUCCAGUGGUCGAGUUAAUAAGCAACACUCCUGGCCUCCGCAAGCCUUCCCGGAGGAGAAGUUCAGACGGUCUGAGCAGCGAGGCAGUCCUGUGUGUGUUCUUCCAGAGGAGGAAGAGGAGAGCGUCGUGCUGGAGCUUCUUCACAAAGACGAGCUCAACUUCCCCUCGUUAGGAACAAGCCCUCAGACGGUGCAGCCCUUGCAAACACAUUUACCUUCUAUACAGGCCACUGCUGGUGAGGUCGUAAAGAAAGGAGGGGAAAGGAAAGGCUCCCGGAAGAAGGAACAGAAGGAGUGUGUUUCAGAGACAGAAACAUCCCAGAAGCCUGUACAGAGACAGAAGAGCACCACUGAAGAAAAACCUGGGAUAAGGGUUUCUGAGGAACCAGUGCAGAGAUCUUCUCCAACAAUAAAAGAGAAAUUGCAAGAGAAACCCAUGCCUGUCUCUCCAACUCCACAUCCCGCUGUUAUCUUCUCCGGCCCCAAAACAGUCCCAUCUUCAUCUGCUACACCCCCUGGUCUUGAUAAAUCCUCUCUUGAGGCAAAGACCCCUAUUCAGCCAAAGAAUAGCCAUCCUCGAAGCCCUUACAACAGUCAGUUGGUGUCCACUUUACAGCCCAUAUCAGUGGCAGCAGUCUCAGUUCCCAUUCAAUCUGCCCCUGCAUUGAAACCGACCCAACCCUCAUUGCAAACGACCCCAGUGCUCCCCACAUCUGAGAAGAUUACCCACUCCAAUCAAGCACCAUCUCAGACCAACUUGGUUGCAUCUCCGAUCACCCCUGUCCAAGUACCUCCUGCUAUCCCAACUCGAGUUGCUCUUGCAUCUUCUGGCUCAAUCCCAGAUGCCCCGGUUGAAUCCACCCCGCCCAUUCAAACCACUUUUAUUUCCAAUCAACCCCUCUUACCUGCCUCUGCAAUACCUGUUGCUCCGGCAGCUGCCCGUAUACCAGAUGCCCCAGAACCGCCUUCUACCACCCUUCCCAUUGAUGAAAGAAGUGGUCCACCAAUUGCCCAAAAGACAGUAGAUUCUCAUACCGCUAUGACACCAAUCCCUCUUCCCAAAGCUCAUGCCCCCUCCAUCUCCCCUUCCUCUGGUCCUGCCCAUGCUCCACCUCCAGACUUACCUCAGUCACCAUGCAAUGCGUCAGAUCCACAACCCUGUGAAACAUCGGCCAUACCUUCCUCUGGUAAGUUUUGUCUGAUUAAGACUUAAGGUUCUUGCACACUGAGUCCGAAUUUUCCAUAGAUUGUAGAAGUAUGGACUUGACGCCGCCU